AUGAGAGUGGUAGUAAAUGCGCACAGACUUCCAUCUCUCUGCCAUUAUGCUGGAUUGAGAAUGUUCUCGCAAGCGAAAGUGGGCCUGAAUCAUGCUUCUUCAGCAAGUUCAAGUGCAGAGAGAGUAUACGGGGGAAGGAGCACAAGACGUUUCAUACAGACCAAUCAAAUGCCACAUAAUUUAGAUACAGUUGGGCCUGAAAGAUGGAACUUUCAGUUUCCAACCAAGGAAAGGCCAUCUGUUUCCCACAGAACAACUCGCAAGCUGCAAAACCCCUCUACAUUGGAUAAACCCAGCGUGGACAAUUUCGGGGCCGCAGCAAAGCAACCCGCAAAGUGGUCAACAUACUCAUUGCCUUCCAAAGAAACCAUAUUGAAACAGAAAGAGCAAAUGGAAGAGGAGGAAAAAGAAGCUAACAAAAAGCUUGCUGCCCAGCCGCAGAAGAAGAAAGCCAAGAGGAAACUAAGACCUCGCAAGGCGCUUAUAUCCCUGACUCCAAGCGCCUUAUCACACUUGAAGGCACUUCUGAAUCAACCAGAACCUAAACUUAUCAGGAUAGGAGUUAAGAACAGAGGCUGUUCUGGGCUCACAUACGAUCUGGAGUAUAUCACGGAGCCAGGGAAGUUCGACGAAGUUGUCGAACAAGAUGGUGUUAAAGUUAUAAUAGAUUCAAAGGCAUUAUUUAGCAUAGUGGGUAGUGAGAUGGACUGGAUUGAUGACAAGCUUUCGUCUAGGUUUGUUUUCAAGAAUCCUAAUUCUAAGGGUACAUGCGGCUGUGGAGAAAGCUUUAUGGUUUAA